AUCCCCCCAAAACAAUGUUUCAAUGGAAGCAUUGCCCCCAAAAGACUUCGAGCCUAAAACAAAUGAUGAUGGACACGAUAAGCAGCCAAAGCCUGGUCAAUAUCCCUGGGUGGUAGCCAUCAUUUACAAAGGAGUUUACUGGGCGGGUGGAUCCCUUAUUCACCCAAAAGUGGUCCUAACAGCAGCUCACAUCAUGCUGAACAUAGUCGCUAAUGAAAUUGUUGUUAGGGCCGGCGAGUUUGACAUGAACUCCACAAAUGAAAUCUUUCAACAUGAGGAGCGCAAUGUGGAGAGGCUUUUGAGACAUGAAGGAUUCGUUUAUGAGACAGGUGCCAAUGACUUGGCGCUUAUUUUCGUAAAAACGUCGUUCGAAUUAAAGGACCACAUUGGAGUUAUUUCGCUACCAAACCCGCAAACGUCGUUCGAGGGACGUCGCUGCACGGCAGUCGGUUGGGAAAAGGAGAGCUCCCAGCAACGAAACCUUGCGGGAAUCAUGAGGCAAGUUGAGUUACCCAUUGUGGACAGGGCGACAUGCGAGGAUCAGUUAAAAAAAAACAAAAUGGGCAGAAACUUUCAUCUUGCUCAGAGCCUGAUUUGCGCUGGAGGUGAACGGGACCGGGAUAUCUGCUUUGGCAGUGGAGGUUCUGCAUUGUUCUGCCCCCUCGGAGGAGAGACUCCACAUGCCUAUGUACAGGUUGGGAUCGUAGUCUGGGGCAUGGAGUGUGGAUUAAACGACAUCCCGGGAACCUAUACAAAUGUGGCAAUGUUCAAAAGUUGGAUUGAUCAAAGGCUGAUACUCUUUGCCUAA